AUGCCUCCUCCCGCCUCGAAGUCCAAGCCGCCCCACCGGCUCGAGUUCACGAUGAACAGCCUCCGGAACACGACGCUCUCCACCGAUGACGAUUCGAUGCACUAUGAGAUAGUGACCCGCUUCUGGCACCCGAACCUGACCAAGAUCAACAAGUUCGACAUGGAGACCCGUGAGCUCAUCACCGUCGCCGAGAUCGAGGGCCUCGCGGACGGCGACCCGCGCGUCCGCUUCGGCGGCGACAAGGGUACCUGGCAGUCCGCCUCCGAGUUCCUCAAGUACAACUCAGACCGAGUCGGCGGUACCUUCCAGGCCAACAAUGACACGACCUUCCGGUGGAAGACGCACAACGGCCGCUUCCAGCUCAUCAAGAUGGACGACCCCGAGAAGAAGCCCAUGGCCGAGUUUCACCCGCACAAGAGGCAUUUCUUCGUCUUCCGAAUGUCGAAGCAUGCCUUCUUCGAGGUGCAGCCCAACCCGGAAGUCCUCGAUGUCAUUGACAAGUUCAUUGUGAGCUACCUGCUCGUCGAGAGGCACCGGAGAGAUUCUCGCAUCAGUGUCAAGUUGGAGCGGCACUAG